AAAGCCCAGAAUUUUCCCCACGAGCAAUCUCAUCACUUUCAUUAUCGAGUCGACUGCCAGACUAUAAUGUCGGUGGUUCGUGGAUGAAGGUUUUUGAUUGUGAAAUUUAAGGUGUUCACCAGCCACAGAAAAGUCUCUGGCUACACUGAGAAGUUCCCACGUGAAGUGUUGAAGAGUUGAGGAAGGUAAUCCUCGAGGAAAAUUGUGUGCUUUGAGGGCCAAACGGGGAGUUUGUGAUUGAAUAAAAGAGACAAGAAGUAGGAGGACUUUUUUGCAACUACUCUCAAAGAUCAGGGGAAAGAAAAGAGCUAAAAAAAAAGAGCCUCAUACAGGAUUCUCUCGUCCAUCAAAGGGGAGAAGAAUUCCUUCAAUGUCUCGCCGAGUGGAGAAUGCUUAAGCUACCAAAGGGUUUAAAGAAGAAAAAGAAAGGGAAAAAAUCCAAAAAGGACAAGGAGCUUUUUACCGAAGAGGAGCUCGAGCAGUACCGCAGGGAGCACCAGAAGCAGGCUGCCACCCUUGAGUCUGAGGAACAGGCAACAACAAGUGCUGAGUACGCGGAAGCGGAAACCGCAAAGCCGGAGGAUGAUGAUGAAUGGAGGAAGUUCAAUGCCCUUGCAACUGGUGUUGAUUCCAUACUAAAGAAGACACAGGGUGAUCUCGAUCGUAUCAAGUCCACAUCAUUCUUCCAGCGUGUCCCACCACCAAGUGAGAAGCAGAAGAAGGCAGCAGAAGAGGUAAAGCACGAAGAGGGAGCGGAGGAGGCGCAACAGCCAACACCGGCGGAAGAGGUUGCCGAGGAGAAGGACAACCUUGCGGCGGCUGUUAUCGAACUCUCGGAAUCCGAAUCAGAGAGUGAGGAAGCUGAUGAUAUCUUCGAUACAACGUACAUUGAUGUAAUCACAACCAACGAGCUUCCACUUGCAUACAUCCCAGAUUCACCGGUUCAGGACGAAGACGACGGUCCCGAUCCCUUUGACACCACCUACGCUGAGAAGGUAAUCAAAGGACCGGAAGUUUCCAAGAAGGGCAAGAAGAUCGUUAGCAUCGGAUCAGCUGUUGAGGUACUCACUGGACGUGUAGAGACAGUAGCAUCAACAGUUUCAACUAAACGCCCCCGAAGGGGUGUGCAAAAUCUCCUUCUCGAGGACGCACCAACCGCAGAAGAAGCCACAGCCGGUGCAGAAGUCAAAGCUAGUUCUCCGGUGGUUGUUAAGACACUCCUUGAUGACAAUGAUGAUGUCCUGCCGGACAUUCCAAUUGAUUUAAGUGUUUCCCUGCAUUUGACACUACAAAAAGAGAAAGCCGAGAAGGAAUCUCAAGGGAGCGAGAACAAGGAGAAGGACGUUCUUGCUGAAUUUGAUGAAUUGAAACCAUCCGAACCGGAGGAUGAUGAAUUUGCACAAUUAGCAACUGAAUCUCUUACAAAAGUUGAAGAAGUUACCAAAGUUGUUCACAGAGAUAUCACCCCGAGUGUUGAGGUAUCAUCCGAUUGGGCUGCAUUUGAGGAGCAACAAGCUACUGAAGGUGCUAAAGGUAAACCUUCACGUCCUCCACCACCUAGACCAGCUGCAGCUCCUCAGGUAUCGCAUUUGAUCACAAAUCAGGAAUUAGAUCUCGAAGAGGAGGCAGACGACGUUGAUCCCUUUGAUACGGCUUUUGUGGAUAAAGUUGUUCUCGUUGACGACGACGAAUUUGAUCCACGUGCUGAAGGGAAAGAAGAGGAAGCCCCAGCUCAAGUUGUCCCUGCAAGUGAAGACGAACUCUUCUCUCCGGAUUUCCCAAAAGAGGAGAAUCUCUUCCCCCCGAGGGACUACCUUGGUGGGAGUUACAGUGAUCUCUCAACGCUACCUGACGUAGCAAUUGCCCCAGCAGCAGCACGUCCCAAGACCCCUGAAGAAUUUGAUCCAUUCGAUACGUCAGCCGUGUCAUCGGUUGUUGUGCCCAAGGAAGUUGAAUUGAAGUUCCUCGAGAGGGAACUCUUGGCAGACAAUACACCAGCACCACUUCCACCACCAGUUAAUCCACUUGCAAAGCUCAAACCAUCCCUGAGUGAUCCGGACUUUGAUCCACGUGGUCUGGGUGAGGAGGAGAAUCCUCCGUCGAAGCAGACGGCACCAAAAGCAAUUGAAUCACGUUCAUCUGUUGAUAUUCAAAGCCGUAAGUCCUCACUUAGCUUAAACAUCCAAACAUCCUCACCGAAGGCUGUGUCAUUUGUGGUGCCAACACCGGAUCUCCUUGCAGUCGGUGAGAAUGGUGGUAAAAUCCAAAAGCCACUAACUCCGUACUACAAUAAGGAAGUUAUCAUACCACCAAGUGAGGACGUUGAUCCCUUUGAUACAUCAUUUGUGUCGGAAAUUAAACCAACUCAAGUUGAAUUGAGUCUCUUGGAGAGUGAUCUUCUGAAUCAGCAGCAGCAACAGCAGCAAUAUCCAGCAGUUCAAUUGGACGAAGAUAGUGACUUUGAUCCACGUGCUGAUUCACCCACACCUGCUCCUGUGAAGCCACGCGUAAAGACACCCGAUCUCUUGGCUGUUGGUGAGGAGAUUGACAUUAAAGUCUUGACUCCAGCUGUGGAAAUUGCCAACGCAGCAGCAGAAGUUCCCACUUUUGACGAUCCCUUCGAUACAUCAGGAGUUGAUAGUAAUAUCCUUCCCGGAAAGGUUGAGCUUAAAUUGAUUGAGAACGAACUUUUGCCACAUCUGGCAAAGACCCCCGAGCCCGUUCUUGAUAUCCUUUCGUACUCACAAGACGACUCCUUACCCGUUAAGGCUCUCACACCAUUGGGUGCUGUUGCGAAUUCCGUUGAGGUGGAAGAUAUUGAUCCCUUUGACACAUCAAUUGCUGAGAACUUGGGACCAGGAAAGACUGAAAUAAAACUCAUUGAAUCCGAAUUAAUUGGGCAGGACCAGUAG